GAAGUGACGUCACUGGUAGUGCACAAAAUGGCGGAUACUUGUCAGCGAGCAAAGAUCAAGGUUAAAAUAUGAAGCAGAAUCUCGAUGCCAACUCGAUCUUUACAUCCAAACACUGCAAGAAAUAAUCAUGGAUACAGGCUGGGCACAGUUCAGGACCUUGUAUGAUUUUAUUCCCAGAAAUGACAGAGAAAUAGCCUUACUUGAAGGUGAUGUUUUAAUAGUUGCAAAGCCCUAUGAAGACAGCAAAGACUGGCUAGUAGGGCAAAACCAAAGAACGGGACAACAUGGAGACUUUCCUGGCAAUUAUGUGGAACAUAUUGGUGAUAUAGAUACGAUUGAAGAGGAUAAAAUAGAGCCUGAACCAGAGAAACCACCACCGGUUCCUCCAAGACUUCCAAGACAACCGACCCAAGAUGGCCAUAAACUGCUUAAAAUGUAUUCUGCAGUUCCAGUAUUCUGCUAUAGAUGUGAAGACUUUAUUUGGGGUAGAGUCAAAGAGUAUUACAAAUGUCAAGAUUGUAACCUGACAUGUCAUUUAGGAUGUGCAAUUGAUUUGAAAAACUUUCAAUGCAUUAAAACUGAUGCUGAAGAUGAGAGUGGUUAUGAGCGCUUGGUAUCAUCCAUUGAUCAGUGGGGAACAGAAGAUGUAAUGACAUGGUUGGCUACUACAAACUACUAUACCUAUGCUGAAGCAUUCAGAGAUUUUGGAGUUGAUGGAUGCACUCUACCUCAACUGAAUGAAGAGAGCUUGGUAAAAAUAGGUGUGACUGAUCAAGCUCACCAGCAGUCCUUGUUAUAUAUCAUUAAAGAGUUGUUUUCAUCUGACUCUCCAGAGAGGCAAUCUAAUAUUUUUUGUGGUGUCCAAAAAGCUCCAAAAGGUUCAGAUGGAGGACACACUUUCAAAGCUCAGAAUUUCUACAGUCUACAGUGGUGUGAUAAUUGUGAGAAGUGCCUGUGGGGUUUGCAUGAUCAGGGGCUACAGUGCACAGUGUGUGGACUUUGCUGCCAUAGAAAGUGUAAAAUAGAUGGCAUACCAGUGUGUCCCAUGAGAAGAGUCAAAGGAGCAAGAGAUUCAGAUAUUGAGGAUCCAGUGUUUGGCCAGGAAUUGAGUAGCUGUUUCCAGUCAUCAUCCAGACCAGCCCCAAUAGUAAUAAUGAAAUGUGUGCAGGCAAUUGAAGCCAGGGGUCUCAAAGUCGAAGGGAUUUACAGUUGGACACCAGAAGGAUCCGAGAAAUACAACUUACGUUCUGCUUUAAACCAGAAUCCUGAAUCAGUGAAUAUGAAAGAUGAGGAAUGGAACAACCCUCAUUGUAUUGCUUCUGCCCUAAAGAUGUAUUUGCAGGAGCUUCCCACAUGUCUCUUUACAGAAGAAAAGUAUCAUGACCUCAUAGAAAUAUGUCAAAGUAACCCAAACUGUAUUGACAAUCUGUUAAGAGAGAUUGACACAUUACCACAUCCAAACAAGUCUGUCAUAAACUAUCUAAUGAAGCACUUCCACAUGGUGUGCAAGCAUCAGCAGCACAACAAAAUGUCUUCAAUGGAUUUGUCUAGAAUCUUUGCUCAUAUAUUGCUGAAACCACCCAAGAGAGAUUUAAAGAAAAUGGCUACAAACCAUGAGAUCCAGAUUCAAAUUCUUGAUACUCUCAUAAACCAAGGACCGUGGUCAGUAGAGGAAAUAGCUGAAGAGGCACCGCCAGUUCCUCCCAGACCACAUAAACCACAAAGCCAGUCUGGUUCCGUUAGCAGACCAGAUCCCCUGCCUGACUUGAAAGAGCAGGUUUGGUAUUGGGGAGAAGCAAGCAAAGAGCAGGUUCAGGAGCGUAUGAAAGACACAGAAGAUGGUUCUUUUAUUGUCAGAGAUUCCAAGAGAUUCCAAGGAGAAUAUACCUUAACACUAAUGAAAGGAGGAGUAACUAAAUUAAUCCGUAUUAUGUAUAAAAACAACAAAUAUGGUUUCUCAGAGCCCUUGACUUUCCACUCUGUUGUGGAACUUGUCAACUACUAUAAAGGCAGGUCUCUAGCACAGUAUAAUCCCAAGCUGGAUGUUAGGCUCACACACCCCAUCUCCAAGUACGAACAGGAGGACGAAGUUGCCCAAAACUCUGAAAACAUAACCAUUUUGGAAGAUUUGGAAAAGAUCAAUGCAGAGUUGGAUAGUGAAACUAAGAAUUUCGAAGGCCUCCGUAAGGAAUAUGAUGAAUCGAUACAGAAUAUUGCUGAUCUUCAGUUAGUUUUGGAUGCGCAUAAGUCUGUUGUGUUAAUGAUCGAAGAACAGAUUCGGAUUCAUGAAUCAUUUCAGAGGGAAGCACCUCCACAAGCACGUGUUAUGUUAAGAACAAAUUUUGAAUUGCUAAAGCACCGCUUGAACGAAGCACAAUGUGAAUUGCUGGAAUCAGAACGCGAGAACUCCAACAUUACAGAAGACAGUCGGCAAAAAGACCAGCAAAUGAACAUCCUUCGGUCGAAAAUCAUCGAACUACAGAAGAAUAGACAACGUUAUAUGGACAUCCUAAAGGAAAAGGGAUAUUCACAUGAUGAAAUCAAGGACAUAGUCAACGAAGGGAUUUAUCAGAUUCCUGACAUUGAUAUGAGCGAGAAAAACUGGAGAUUUGGAAAAAUUACUAGGGAAGAAUCGGAGAACCUCCUGAAGGAUUGCCCUGACGGGACGUUCAUGAUAAGAGAAAGCAUCAAUAGGAAAGACGAGUUUUCUGUCAGUCUAUCAUUCGACUUUAAAGUUCGUCACAUCGCUAUCUACAAUGAUUCCCGUGGGCAUUUUGGUUUUGCUGCUAACUUCAUGCUGUACGAAUCACUAGCAGACCUGGUCAACCACUACCAUCGAAACUCCUUACAAAAGCACAAUCCUCAUCUUGCCACUAAACUUGCUUUCCCAGUUAAGUUGGUUCUCGAGCAACGUAAACUCAAUUAACAGUUACUAUAUUAGAAUUAUCAAUGUAACUGCACUACGUUAGAGAGUUCAGUUACUUGAGAUUUUCUAUAAAAUAGAUAACCAAUUAUCUCAAUGAAUCCUUGUCAUGGUAACACAGUUGCUAUGGCAAUGGGUUUUCAAACUGGGUGACGCAAGUGAGAGUCCAAACAGUAGCCAACUUUCGAUUCUUUGAUUCCGAUUAUAAUCAGAGUUCGUGGACACAUAGCGAUAAAUUUUUAAAAAUCGCCGUAAUUCUUGGUUUGCAGGCAUUCUCAAGGAAAUUACAUAUCGAAAGACAUGGUUGCCAUUUUGGAUAACGUAACAAAAAAAACUACGAUUCCCGAAUCUAUUGUGAAUUCACCCAACAUGGCGGCUGUGCCCUUGAACACCAACCAAAAAAAAAGGUUGAACUUUUAGCCCUACCGUAUCAAAGUGAUAUAGGUCUAUUCAGGUGACGGGCAAGCUGUCAGUAGAACAUUCACUGUAUGUACAAAACCACAGGGCAUACUGGUAAAGUGUCUGCCUGAUUAGCUAUUCUAAGGCUGAGGAGAAACUGGGUCAAGUUGGCAUUGCACUGCAUUGUGGGAAUGUUUUAGGGAACAUAUGUUCAAGCGUGUAUUUCGUCUCCUAUAAUAGUCCUACAAUGUAUUGCAAUGUCAGCUCGACCCAGUUUUUUUUCCUCGGCCUCGAAAUGGCUAAUAAGGAGAUCAUAAGGUCCACAAUAGACCUCUUCGGCUUGGGGUAAUGUUUUCAUAUUUCAGACCACGUGUCAUUCCCUUGAGAAUAAGAUUCUUUGUUUGAGCUGUAUCCAUAUUCAUGUGUCUUCUCAUGUGCAACCGAGCGCAAACCUUAAACAAAGAAAUGAUACUCUAGGGAAUGACACGUGGUCUGAAAUGGGAAAACAUUACGUCAUAGCCGAAGAGGUCUAUUGAUGCUUAAGAUUUAAGACAUUUUCUUUUGGCACAAGAUUUCUAGGCGUUGCCAUACAAAUUGUGUUAGGGUUUGUUAUUUUUUUGUGUAUGGACUCUUGUAAGAGAUUAUUAUACGAAAUUUUGCAUAAAAUAAGAAUUGUAAAAAAUAGGUAGACAAAAAAAAAAGGACUUUUUAGAUUGGGAGUAAUAUUUUAAUACUGAUUCUAAACCUCUUGGGAAUGUUAUUCCUCGUUAAAACGUUACUGGAAAAUAAAGGAAUAGUACUCAAGAGGUUGAUAUCCAACAAAAAUGGCAAAAACUAUAUAUCACGCCCAAAACUAAAACAAUGUAGGCUAAUUGAACUCUUUACUGAUACGGCGGCCAUCUUGAAUUCUAUUGUUUUAAGCAAGACAUGGGAUGCUGAGGGAGGAAAUAUUUGAAAAUUUAUAGACAGCGUAGCUGUCAGGGUGCCUUUUUAUAAAACUUUACGUUAUCCAACGUCGCGUAACACACUUAAAAACUAAUAUGUGAAGAGAGAUGGAGAGAGAUGUGAAACAUCAAGGCGUAAAAUCACUUGAAAAAGUAACUUGGCCACUUUAUGCUUUAUGCUGCCGUAUCAGUAAAAAGCUCUAUUGGGUUAAAAAUGUGUGCUAUCUGAUAUUACAAGGUAGGUUUUUAAGAUUUACCAAACACCAACUAAACUGAAGUAAACGCAAGGCAGUUUCAGUAUUACUGUCAUUAUCGUUGAAGUUUGACGUCUCCUGUGUGACUAGCAUCUUAACGAACGUCAAUCAAAGAACUGGGGAAAAUAUCUUGAUGGAGACUUUAGAUUGAAUUAAAGAUUUUGAUCCUUUAAUCCUUUAAAAUCUUUAAUUCUGUCCAAAAUUUCCCUCAAUAUAUUGUUUUUUAUUUCAGUUCUUCGAUUGGCGGUCGUUACUGAAAAUGCUAGUCGGCGAACGAGACAUCAAACUUCGAGGGUCGCACUUCAACGAUAAUGGUAGUAAUACCUGUAACACACCAGCAUUUCGAGACAUGCCGUUCCAAGAAAAUACCCUAUCGUCAGCCAAUCAGAAUAAAGUAGUUUAAGUUAUUGAUGCAAAAUUGCAACGACCUCGUACCCAGAGCCUGCGUUUCUUCUGGUCUGCGGCGAAGAACAAGGGCUCUGGCAUAAUCCAUUUUUUGAAUCCGCGAUUUUUUUGGACCGGUAUAAGAGCGCAUACGUUAAAAGACUUGCCAAAGAUUAAAAAAAUAUGUUUAUGAUUUUUAAUUUUUAUUUUGAUCGGAAGUAAACACAGAACUCGGGUUGAAAGCAUGAUUUCAAUAAUUAUAUUUAACUUCCGGAAAACUGGGAAUGCGUCAAAGAAGAAACGCCGGCUCUGGGUACGAGAUUGAUUUGACACAAAAUCGUCUCACAUUUACAUUUUUUUUUU